UAGUUUGUGAAGCUGACUUAUUGAAGAAAACUCAGAAUACAUUGCUGACUGUGAUCAAAUACAGCUCGGUCUGUUCAUUUCCCCUUUGCUGGUUUUCUGAGACUAAAGACCUCAAUGUGUAAGGGACUUUCCUACCUGCCCUCCUCAUGCCUGGAGAAGGCCAAGGGGAUGCGGGUGAAGUUAAGCCACCUUGCUGAGACUCACCACAAGCACAAGCUUCAGGAUGGAAAAACUAUUCAGGACCUGGAAACUCUGCUAAACAACAGAAGUGGCCUGCUGGCAUUUCGUGGGUUCCUGCGAUCAGAGUUCAGUGAGGAGAACCUUGCGUUCUGGCUGGCCUGCGAGGACUACGAGAUUUCACCUUCAAACCUGCACAAGACCAAGGCCAGCCUUAUCUACAGCCAGUUUAUCAACCCUGAUGCCCCUCAGGAGGUAAACCUGGACGCUGAGACCCGUGAGGCUCUGUUGAGUGUGAUGGACUCUCCAUGUGCUGACAUGUUCAAGACGGCACAGCAGAGGAUCUUCAGCCUGAUGGCUAAAGACUCCUUCCCUCGCUUCCUGCGCUCCCAUCACUGCAUGGAGGCCAUUAAGGCUUUCUAAACACACACUGUUUAUUGCCACAAACCUGCUUUAGAAAUACGUGCUGAUGGAACUGUACUGCUGGACAUGUUGACUGUAUUUUAUCAUUUAUUUUAACAACUAGCUGCUUGUUUUGUGAUUGUCUUUCAUACAGUAGUGAUGUCAUUGUGCUCUGUACACAGGAUACAUGCUGUUAGUGUUAUGACACUGAGUUGUAGGGGUAGUUAAAACUCUAACAUAGAAACCUCAUGAUUAUGAAGCCUAAAGGCAGCUUCACAGCACCUCUGGACUACGUAAGCUUCAAGGGACAUUUGCAAAGGAU